AUGGCCACCACCACCCCACAGAACGUCUUCCCUAAGGGUGUCCUCCCGUUUGCGGAGCGCAAACACCCUAAAACCAUCUGCAUGUUUGAUGUGGAUGGGACAUUGUCGCUCGCGAGGCAGAGCGCGACGCCCGAGAUGCACGCGGCGUUGAAGAAGCUGAGGGGGUAUACGGCGGUCGCGUUUGUGGGGGGAAGUGAUUUGGUCAAGAUUGUGGAGCAGCUGGAGGUUAAGGGGGAGGAUGUCAUCGAGAACUUUGACUACUGUUUCUCCGAGAAUGGUCUCACCGCCUUCAAGCUCGGCCAGCCCCUCGCUUCCGCGUCCUUUAUCGAGCACGUAGGGGAGGAGGAGUACAAGAACCUCGUCAACUUUGUGUUGAGGUAUUUCUCCGAGCUGGACAUUCCUAUUAAGCGAGGAACUUUUAUCGAGUACCGACGAGGGAUGGUCAACAUGUCGCCUAUCGGCAGGGCGUGCUCACUGGAGGAGCGAGCCGCGUUCUACAAGUACGACCAGGAACACAAAGUCCGCGAAAAGAUGGUCAAGAUCCUGCAGGAGAAGUUUGCCCACCUGGGGCUGACAUUCGCUAUCGGUGGUCAAAUCAGCUUUGACGUUUUCCCGCACGGCUGGGACAAGACCUACUCCCUCGGCCACAUCGAAAACGAGGGAUUCGACCAGAUCCACUUUUUCGGCGACAAGACCUUCCCGGGCGGGAACGACUAUGAGAUUUUCGAAGACCCCAGGACGAUCGGGCAUACCGUUACGAGCCCGGAGCACACGCAGCAGCUACUCGAGGAGCUGUUCUUCUCCAAGGCUUAG